CAGCCCGAGCGGGACCUCGCCACCCAGGGUCGCCCAGGUCCCCCGCAGGUGACCACCGGCCCCAUGGAAGCCAUGACGGAGUCUGGGAAGCUGCCCCCGCCGCUGCCCCCUCGGCUGGGCUGGUUUGUGCACACGCAGGUGGACGAGCUGACCCAAGGCGGGAUCCCUGACUGGUUCCACGGCACCAUCUCGCGAGAGGCAGCCGAGAACUUGCUGGAGUCACAGCCACCGGGGUCUUUUCUGGUUAGAGUCAGCCACAGCCACGUGGGCUACACCAUCUCCUACAAAGCCCAGAGCUGCUGCCGCCACUUGAUGGUGAAGCUGCUGGACGACGGCUCGGUGGUGAUCCCCGGGGAGAAGGUGGCCCACGCCUCGCUGCACGCCCUGGUCACCUUCCACCGGCGGGAGCCCUUCGGGCGGUGGGACGAGCUGCUGACGCACCCCUGCGGGCAGAAGGACCCGGCAAACGUGGACUAUGAGGAUCUCCUCCUUUACUCCAGCACGCUGGCGCAGGAAGCCGACGGCCCCCGCCUCGGCCUCCAGGACCCGCAGAGGCCUUCCUGCUGCCCACCUGCGCAGGGCCCCUCAAAGCCAGUCCCGGAAAUGGGGUCACCUGAAGCUGUGGAUGGAGAAACACAGGGAGAAGCUGUUCCCUCCUUCCCCCCAAAGGCACCUUUUGGGGAGACCCGCCAGAAACUCUGGGAGAACCUGAAAUCACUGCCCCAGACGAGCAAGAAGGUCCGGCAGCAGCUGAAAUCCCACAUGGCAGCUGUGAAUUUGUCCCUUCGAGAUACUAGGAAAUCAGCAGGGACCCCGCUGGGCUCCAGGACCUUUUCAGGCAGACAGGAUAACUCGGGCAACACAGCCUGGAGAAAAGACAUCUCCAAGGACCUGCGUGUUGCCACAUCCCAGGCUCCGAGAGACACAGACACCUCCUCCAGGAAGGCUACCAGGUCCAUCAGCUGGAGCGAGGUGACCACAGGGGUCAAGGGCUGGCAGCAGACAGUCAUGAGGACCCUAUCCUCCCAGACAGGCAAACCAGAAACCAGCGACCUGGCAGAGUCCCAGGACGCCUGGCUCCCAGAGGAGUACCUCCCGCCGCCACCCUUUGCCCCUGGCUACUACUAG